AUGGGUAAUUCGCAGACAAAGGAGAGCCGCCCGGCCGCGUCGCAUCGCCGCAGCCAUGGUGGCGCCGGGCGAUCGCCGUACAGCGAACGGCAUCACUCUGAAGGCUCCCGGUCCAGAGGAAGUAGACCCGAUCUCUCCAUCCUCGGAAUCGGCGGAAGUCAUCAUGAACGCGAUGUGGCGACGCUAGAACACCGGCGAGAAACCCGCCAGGAGCGAGAAGCCCGAAAGCUCGAGAAGGAACGGAUAGCUCGGGUGAAGGAGCGAGAACGUAGUAUGCGAGAGGAACAUGUCGACGGAGGUUAUCUGGUCACGCAGGGCGUCUAUACGGGGACGGAGGAUUUUAACAAGGCGAUUGUCCGGCAGUUGAUGGUAACGACAGGCGAACCUUUCAUUGAAAGACGACUGGCUCCGUUUUGGAGAGGCCUCAACGACUUUUCGGAGUCUUGGACGGAGCACCAGCUCAUGGCCGCCGCGCGCGGCCUCCCCAUCCCUCCCCCCGAUGAGAUUCCCCCGGAACUCGAAUACACGAACCCUCCUAAAGCCACCGAUGAUUCCAAAGAGUCCGCCGACUCGAAAAUGAUCCAACAUUUGACCGUGCCGAUUACUUCGCGAUCGCAGUCGUACGGGUCCGAUGCGUCCCAGUCGUCGAACCCCACCAACUCUUUGCCAUCUCCUGCGUCGCCUAUCGCGUCGGGAACUUCGAGUUCUCCGCUGUUCAGGACUCGUGCAAAGACGCUUGCUUCUCUCACGACAUCGAAGCAUAACCAAGUCGAUCCGGGCCCGCGAGAAAUGCAGCUUCCCCGUGAUCCAUUCGUCAACGGACAGCCGAUUGAAGCUUACCUGUAUAAGGAGGCGUCGGAAUGCCCCAUCUGCUUCCUAUAUUAUCCGCCCUACCUGAACCGGACCCGGUGUUGCGACCAGCCUAUCUGCUCGGAAUGCUUUGUUCAGAUCAAGCGUCCCGACCCUCAUCCUCCGGAGCAUGGCGACGCCGAUUCGAACGCUCCCGCUGAAUCGCAAGAAGGCGAGCGCCCUGAGAACCAGGAUGGUCAGCUCGUCAUGGAGCCAGCCGCUUGUCCUUUUUGUGUCCAACCUGAAUUCGGUGUCACCUAUGCGCCGCCCCCUUUCCGUCGAGGCCUCACCUACGCCCUUGACCCGAACUCGCGCCCCAAUUUCACGUCGCCUGUGUCGUCCACGUCCUCGCUUGCGUCCGCGAACCCGGCCACUGUACCAGGACGUCGGCGCGCUACGUCGUUGUCCGCCUCGGAUCCCCUGGUCAUCACUACGGAUAGGAUUCGGCCUGAUUGGGCGCAAAAACUGGCGAAUGCGCGGGCUCAUGCUGCACGCAGAUCGGCUGCUGCGACUGCGCUGCACACUGCCGCAUACCUGAUGAACUCAAACCCGACUGGUGAUUCGCGCAACUUCAGUCUCGGUCGUCGGGGGGUGAUGCGACGGAGCGGUGCGGUAGAAGGAGGCAACAGCUCCAGCCGGACGGGCUCUCCGGCGCUACAAGCUCUGGCUUUUUUAACCGACCGUCGGCCGGCGGGUACUGAUACCGACUCUGCUGAAGAACAAGGGAAUCUGGCACCGCCGCGUCAAAGUUCCCGGCGCAACCGCAUUGAUGAUUUGGAAGAAAUGAUGAUGAUGGAAGCGAUCCGGUUGAGUCUGGCGAGUGAGGAGGAACGGCGCAAGCGGGAAGAGAAGGAAGCCAAGAAAGACGCAAAGAAGAGGGAAAAGGAGGCGAAGAAGGCAGAAAAGGCGGCGCGCAAGACCGGAAUGUAUAGCAACAACGCCAGCGGGUCUGCUUUGGAUGUACCUUCAGGAUUGGGCCGAGUGGUUAGCAGCUCCUCGUCCAUCACAGGCGAAGAGGCUACCCCUGCAGGCAAGGGGAAGGAGGUCGACCGCGUGUCGCCUAAUGCACCCGCUGAGAACGAUCCGGGCGCGGCUGGAGCUUCGGAUGCUGUGCAGGUCCCCGGAUUAAACUCCACCGAACAACACCACUCGGCGCCACUCUCUUCCGCCCAGCCAACUUCCCGACCUUCGCAUUUGCGCAAUGUCUCCAGUGCCUCGUCUUUUUCGUCGCUGGUUGAAUCGAUGUCGGAGGACCACCCUGGGGCUGCCGAAGGUACCAGUUCGUCUCCGGAGCCGCUGUAUAACUUUCGCAGCCUCGCAGCCGUGAUUGGGGAUGAUGAGAAACCGGAAGAAGCCGCCGAGCAUGUGGAAGACACCUUGAGCCAGAAGGCCGAAGGUUCGGGGACUCAGUCCGUUUCUCCAGCGACCGACUCUGCCCUGGGAGGUACGGCGGAGAUACCGUGUGUUACGGUGGAGGGCGACCGAGACUGCUUGAUCCCAAAGGAGCUGGAAACGCGAUCCGUUGAGCUCACGGGUGCUACUCGCAAUGCGGAGGCUACUUCCUGA